AUGGGUAUUUCAAAUAAGAAAGUUGAUGUACAAAAUGAUGGUGCAAAUAAAUAUCCAAGCAAAAGCGGAUUACCACCAACUGUAGGUACCGGCCCAAUGGAUAAAUAUGACCCAAAAGACGAAUAUAUUAGAGUAGAAGCCGUCCAACAACAUUGGCUUAGAAGAAAAUUAAUUUCAGAUAAAUAUCCAGAAGUCUUAAAUCUUCCAACAUAUUAUUUACCAAGUGCUUUUUGGGUUGUCGCUUUGGUUUCCUCUUUAGUCAUCACUGCUAAAAUUUUAAAUAACUCACCAAUCUGGUUAAUCUUUGUUGUUGCAUAUCUUUUUGGUGCUGUUGCAUCACAUGCUUUAUGGGUUUUAAUUCACGAACUUACCCACGACUUAGUUUUCCCAGGUUCAUUUUUAAAUAGUACUUUUCUUUUAAUUGCAAAUUUACCACACUUAAUUCCAUCCGGUGUUAGUUUUAGACAUUUCCACAGAUUACAUCAUUCAUUUUUAAAUGAAACUUAUACCGAUCCAGAUGUACCAGUCCCAUUCGAAAAUAAAUUCUUUGGUCACAGUAUUGUUGGUAAAGCAAUUUGGUUCUGUUUUUAUUCAAUUGUAAUUUCUUUAAGAUCAAUCUUCUAUCCAUUAAAGAACCAAUCACCAUUCAGCAUGUGGUUAGUUGCCAAUUACAUUUGUAACAUUGUUUUCACCUAUUAUGUUUCACAAUAUGUUGGUGUCAAGGGUAUGACCUUUUUAGUUUUAUCAUCUUUAAUGUCACUCGGUUUCCUCCUUCAUCCAUUAGGUGCUCGUUGGAUCGCUGAACAUUUUGCUGUUACCCAAUCUGAACAAGAAACUUAUUCAACUUAUGGUUUCAUCAAUACAAUUGGUUUCAAUAUUGGUUACCACAACGAACAUCACGAUUUUACUCGUGUUCCAUACAUUUAUCUCCCAACUUUAACUAAAGUCGCUAACGAAUUCUACAAGGGUGGUCUUAAAUAUCAUACUUCCUACUGGAGAGUCUUAUACGAAUUCUUAAAUCAAGACGGUUUCACUUUUAACAGUAGAGUCGUUAGAAAUCCAAAACUUAAGAAUUAA